ACCACCGGGGCCCACCCAGAGUGUGACAUCCUCUUCGGUUCUCUCUGUGUUCAUCUUGUCGUUCAAGUUACUAUCCAAAGGCACUCGAUUCCACACUUGCUUCUCGGUUAUCAUCAUAUUCUGUGUUGUCUACGUGAUUUGUGUCGUGCUGUGGCUUAGUCCGAAAAGUUUUACACAAUGGCAUCUUGGAUUGACAUAUUCUCCUUUCUAACCAUAACGUCCCUUUUUGUGGGGACCAUCCUCGGCGUCGUCCUCAUAGCGAAACGCCUUUCAGCGGCUGCUCAGAAUACGAAAGAAUCUCUUCAGAACAAGGGAAUUUCUAUCUCGGACAAGGGUGUGUCCAUAAAGACGUCGAAGAGGUUUGACAGAGAGAAUUACGUGGAUGCGACACAACGCGGCGUAAUCAAAGUUUUGGAUGCAUCCAACUUCCACCCCGGUAGCAUGGAUGGCUCUCAGCACAACAUCAAAUCUCAAUCGAGCAGCAACCUGUUAUCGACAGAUGGUGCUGCCCACGACGAAACUAAGUUUGGAAUACGUCGAACGCACAGCGGAGCGAAUAAGUGAGAACUUGUAAUAGCCGACUUCGGUACGGAGGUAUGACUACCUAGGGAAUUAUUCUGCACACAAGACUCAAAUUAGUGGGUGCGCUCGUGCUUACAUUACAACUUGGUGUUGUUGAUCAGUCUGUAAUUAUAUACGGAUGGGCAGCAGAUAGCCUGAAUAGUAUUUAACAUGUAUAUUUUUCAAACUUAGUUUUCACAGUAAUCUCCGUCAUCUAUUCUCGAGCAUGACGUUAAAGAUUCCUUAAUGUUAUACUCCUCCAUCGAUUGUGACUGGCCGGCGAGUGAUAUAGGCGGCGUCCUUGCCUAAGAGGAACGAUAU